GACUAGAAGGCGCGGGUUGCUAGUUUGCAGCUUUGCUUGGUGAUUAUUGUGCUUUAAAACCCUGCUGAGCCAUGCAGCGACUUUGCCGUUGGAACUCCGUGAAACUAGGCUGGCUUUUCAGUAGGCGCUAGGGCUGCAUUGUGGUGGCAGCCGACGCCACGCGGGGGAGAAGGUGCCUGUGAGGGGCGUACCCUCUUGCCAUGAAGAAGAUUUUUGGCUUCAGGAGCAAGGGCCCAUCGCCGUUGGGCCCCUCCGCCCGCCCGCGGAACAGCUCCGUGGGCUUUGGACGCGUGAGUGCUGGUGGCUCCCACAUGCCCAGGUACCACAUUCACGACAAGGAUAUGGGCAAGAUCCACAAGGCUGCAAGCGUGGGUGAUGUAGCCAAAGUGCAGCACAUCCUUAUCCUUGGGAAAAGUGGCGUGAACGAUAGAGAUAAGAAGGACAGAACUGCUCUCCAUCUUGCCUGUGCUUAUGGCCAUCCAGAAGUGGUGACUCUCUUAGUAGAGAGAAAAUGUGACAUUGAUGCCUGUGACGGCGAGAACAGCACAGCUCUCAUUAAGGCCGUGCAAUGCGAGGAAGAAGAAUGUGCAGCAAUACUGCUGGAGCACGGUGCCGAUCCGAACGUGGCGGACAGCAGUGGUAACACUGCCCUGCACUAUGCUGUCCAGGGUGAGAACACCUCCAUAGCAGCCAAACUGCUCGCACACGGUGCAAAUAUAGAAGCCAAAAACAAGGAUGACCUCACACCUCUCUUACUUGCUGUAAAGGAAAAUAAACAGCAUAUUGUGGAAUUUUUAGUAAAGAAGAAAGCAAGUAUUCAUGCAGUUGAUCAGCUUGGAAGCAACAGACAAUUACUUGAAUAUGAUGGAGAGAGACUAAAAUAUUCUGAAAAUAGCAAUCCAGUGGAUAACGGUUCUGAAGAGGAAUCUUUAACCAGGUCUUCCAAUACACCUGAUCCUGCUGAUUCCUGGCCUACAUCAGAUGAAGAUGACUACAAUUUUGAUAACAAGAAUGUCCCCAAAAUUAACUUAACAGAGCUGUGGACAGCUGCUCAGCGGUCCAAGAAAAACCAAACAAAAUGUGGCUUUGAGAACCUAGGAAGUAGAAUCCUGCUUGACAAUAGUAAUUCCAAUAGUGAAGAUGAAGAUGGAGUUGAAAUCGGGCCUGGACCACCAGCCAGAGUCCAGACCUUUUCUCCAUCCUGCCAGUCACCUGAUCCAAUGGAAGGACCAACUAAGCCUGCAAUUGGAAGAGAAGAAAAUGUUGCUGAUGCUGUUGAAAGGACUUCACAAGAAAACGGUGCUGAUGCUGUUGAAAGGACUUCACAAGAAAACGGUGCUGAUGCUGUUGAAAAUGUGACUUAUAUACCAUCUUGCAUGAGUGGAUCAAGAAACUCUAAGGUGGCUAAACUAGAGGAGUCAAGAAAUGUAGGCAUCCCAGUAGCCCACAAGGAGGCCCUCAGGAAAUAUCCAGUCAUGGAGCCUACUAUCAAAAAGACAGAUACUCUUCUCAACAAAACAGUAGGAAUGAAGGAUGUACAGACAUUCAAAUCAGAGCCAGACUUAGAAGUGGCAUCGAGAGAAGAGCGGAAACGGCUCAGCAGCAGUGAAGACAGCCAGCGGAAGGUUGAAGAAACAAGAAAGUAUAAAAAUAAUGAAGUAAAAGUAUCAGGAAGUCCAUACAGUGGUGCUGCUGACACUGUUGAUGAUGGAGCAAGUCAACAGAGUGCAAACACUGAUAACCAACAGUUUCCUAUGAAGGGGCAUGAGGAGCAUGAUGGAGGUCCUGUCUUCCUUAGGAAGGAAGCGAAGAAAAAGAAGAAUGAAAAGUGGGUGUCCAGAGAAUCUGUCCCGAUGCCAACGAUGGAGAAAGCUGGCUUACCACCUGGGGGUUCCCUGCAAAUGCAGGACGGUUCCAGCCUCAGCGACACGGACCAGAGUGAGACGAGGCCCACAAAGAAAACAUCUAAUAAAAAUAACAAGACCAGAAAACAAGUAUCUGCUGUGGACGACCCUGAUGCCUGGAGUGAGUCGUCUGAAACAGCCUCUGAGGACUGCGAGCUCCAGUGCCCCAAUUAUGAGAGCGUUUUGUGUGAAAUUGAGCAUCUGAGGACGGAGUGUAGAGAUAUUGUUAGUCUUUUGAAAAUCCGGGAUGCAGUUUAUUCAUAUCAAAGAUUAUUAGAAUUUAAAAAAAGCCAAUGUGAACUACUUACAGGAAAACUUAAAAGAAUGGAAAAUAAACUUAAGGAAUUACAGAAGGAAGUAUCAGAAACAAAAGAAGUAAAGUCACAGUUAGAGCAUGAAAAGGUAGAAUGGGAACAAGAACUCUCCAAUUUGAGAUUUUCACUAAAACAAGAGGAAGAGAAGCGGAGAAGCGCGCAUCAGCUUUCUGAGAGAACGAUGGAGCAGCUUAGGAGAAAAGAUGAGCAGUAUCAGAACGAGCUUGAAGGGAAGCAGCAGCUUGAAGUUUCUCUCAGAACAUUGGAUAUGGAGUUGAAGACAGUGAAAAAUCAUUUGAACCAAAUUUCAGAGGAACGAAAUGAAAUUCAGAGACAGCUUUCCCAAGAACAGAAUGCCAGAGCGUUACAGGAUGGGAUUCUUGCAAAUCACCUGUGUAAACAAAAGGAGAUAGAAAUGGCACAGAAGAAGAUGACCUGUGAGGUUUCUGUUAGUCAUAAAAAAGAAAAAGAUCUAUUGCAUAAAAACCAAAUGUUGCAGGAUGAAAUUGCCAUGUUAAGACUGGAGCUGGAUACAGUAAAAACCCACAGCCAGGAAAAGGAGAAGAAGUACCUGGAGGAUAUUAAGACUGCACAUGAACAGAGUGAUAAGCUUCAAAGGAUGAUAAAGCUGAAUGAAGAAACAUUUACAAAAACAGUAUUCCAGUAUAAUGCACAGAUUAAUAGUCUUACAACUGAGAACACAAUGCUGAGUUCUAAGCUGGAGAAUGAAAAACAAAAUAAAGAAAGACUGGAAACAGAGGUCGAAUCAUUCCGAUCUAGACUGGCUUCUGCUGUGCAUGACCAUGCUGAAAUUCAGACAUCAAAAAGAGACCUAGAAAUUGCUUUCCAGAAAGCAAGAGAUGAGUGGGUUCGUUUGCAAGACAAGAUGAAUUUUGAUAUGUCUAACCUAAGAGAUAACAAUGAGAUUCUUUCCCAACAGCUUUCGAAAACUGAAAGAAAAUUGAAUAGCCUAGAAAUUGAGUUUCAUCAUACAAAAGAUGCACUUAGAGAAAAGACUUUGUCUUUGAAAUGUGUACAAAGAGACCUCAACCAGACGCAGUGCCAGAUGAAGGAAGUCGAGCAUAUGUAUCAAGAUGAGCAAGGGAAGGUGAAUAAAUACAUGGGCAAGCAAGAGUCCAUAGAGGAGAGGCUGUCUCAGCUCCAGAGUGAGAACAUGCUGCUCCGGCAGCAGUUAGACGAUGCUUCCAACAAAGCUGAUUGCAAAGACAAGACAAUAGUGAAUAUCCAGGACCAGUUUCAUGAUAUGCUAAGCAGACUCCAAGCUGAGAGCCAGAAGCACAGGCUGAUGCUGGAAGACAGAAACAAGGAAUUAGUGAGUGAGUGCAGUCACUUAAAAGAGAGAAUGUGUCAGUAUGAAAACGAGAAAGCAGAAAGAGAAGUGGUUGUGAGGCAGCUUCAACAGGAACUGGCUGAUACCCUGAAAAAGCAGUCGAUGUCAGAGGCCUCGCUAGAAGUUUCCUCACGUUACCGCAGUAGUUUAGAAGACGAGACACGAGAUUUAAAGAAGAAAUUAGGUCAGAUCAGAAGUCAAUUGCAGGAAGCACAGGAUCAACACAGAGAGGCUGUACAGCGUGCUGAGAAGAUGGAAGACCACCUACAAAAGCUUGAACUUGAAAACUCCAAGUUUAAAAUUACAAUAAAAAAGCAGUCAGAGGAAAUGGAGCAACUUCAGGAAAACCUAUCAAGUGUGAAUUUGUCUGAAGAAGAUAAAGAAAAACUGAAGAAACUUGCUACGCUGAAAGACUCUCUGGAAUAUGCUUUGGACCAAGAACAGAAGAAAAACUGUGCGUUAGAGAAAGAACUGACCGAAUUUAAGGAACACUUAAAAAUGACCAAAAAAGAAUUAAAUGAACAGGAAAACAGAGAACUUAAUCUCCAUCAAGAUAUAAAAAACAGUCAAUUUGAAAUGGAUAUCCCAGUUAAUAAGCUUAUAAAAAAGAUUGAUGAUCUUACAUCACAAUUGGAAUCCAUAUCUUCAAAAUGUCUACAUCUGGAUAAAAAAAACCAGUAUCUUCAGCAGGAAUUGCUAUUGAUGAAAACUGUGCAGAAGAAGUGUGUGAAACUAGAGAAGAAUAAGAAGAAACUGGAACAAGAAGUGGUCAGCCUCCGAAGUCACAUGGAAAAGAACCUGGUGGAGCAGAGUGAGCUGCAGCAGUACAGGCGGGAGGUGGAGGAGCGAGCGAGGCAAGACCUGGUGGAAAAGUUAAAACAGGUCAACCUCUUCCUGCAGGCACAGGCAGCCUCUCAGGAAAACCUGGAGCAGCUGAGAGAGAACAGUAACGCUUCAGUGAGGAGUCAGCUGGAGCUCCGGAUUAAAGACCUGGAGUCCCAGCUCUCCAGAAAGAAGACUCAAGAAGACUUUGAUAAAAUAGAACUAGAAAAAUAUAAGCAACUCUACCAAGAAGAAUUCCGAAUUAGAAAAUCACUGUCAAGCAAACUGAACAAGACCAACGAGAGGCUGGAGGAGACCAGCACUAAACUGCUCCUGGAGGAACAGCAGAAUAGAUCGUUGCUAAGCUCUCUUAGUACGCGGCCUAUUGUAGAGUGUCCUUGCCUCGGAGGCCUUCAUAAUAGUUUGGUAUUCAAUAGGACUCUUAUUCCAAGAGAAAACAUAGUGAUUCCUACCUCAGGCCUACAGCCAUCAAAUAAAAGGAUGGAAAUCUACCUGACCGAGAUGCAUCAGGAGUUGGAAAAAAGUAUAAAUAGAAAACUUAAUGAAGCUGCGGCUGAACUUGAAUCUGAGUUCUGCAGAGUUUUUCCCCUUGAAUCUGCUACUAAAUCAGGUCAAGAUCUAAUCUUAGAAGAAACGCAAGAAUAUAUAGACAAUUUAAAGAAAAAAUACAGGAUCUGCUGAAUUGAAAGAAAGAAGGAAAGGAAGAAAAGGCGUGAUAAUAGAAGAGGGACUCUUUGGGAGGAGGAGCAAAGGAACAGAGCCCCAGAGAAGAUAAAAGGACAUGCACUGUGUGUGUCUUAAAUGUCACGGUGAACUGGUAUGGUAGCACACGGCUUCAACCCCAGCCCUUGGGAAGCAGAGGCAAGUAGAUAUCCUCGGUUCAAGGACAGCUAGGGCUACAUGUCCACGCAGAAAAACAAGCUUAUAAUGAAACCUAAUAUUUUUGUACCAAUAAUAUAUAUUAAUAUAUGGUCUAAAAUAUAUUUAUUAGACUUUAUAUAUUGUAAUUGUUUCCUAGUAAAUGUAUGACUUGAAAACAGAAGUGAAGGAAACUUUUUUGUCAUAUGUAUUAGAAAAUUAACAUGUUUACCUGGGGGGGUUUGGUGGUUUUAAGCACAUUUUAUAAGUAUUAUUAAACCACUAUUACCAAGUUUUACAUACAAAAACACCCAAAAGCCUGUUUCUCAUGAGUAUUUAUACUUUUCUUUUUUUAUCACUGUCUGUGGGCCAGAAGACUUAGCCAGACAUCACUUCAGUAUGCUGCCGCUGCAGCCAUUUUUAACAUUUUAACCUGUUACAGCCACAGUAUCACCAUCAAACCUAAUCUUUUAAGCGCUGAUUUGUAGUUGUUGAUCCUUCAGGAAAGCAAUUACCUAAGACUUUGCACCUGUUUUGUUUAUUCAUUUGCUUGUUCAUCUUUGAUGUUUUUGGUUUUUUUUUUGAAGUCUUAAAAUUAGACAAAAGUUCAAAGAAUUGUGCCCUUCCCCACUCUGAACCAUCUCAGAGAGCCUAGCUGCCAUCUGCCACUGUCCUGGACUAUAUUAGUAUUUUUUGUAAUUAACAACAGCCUGAGUAACUGGUGUCACCUUUGUAAUCGGAAGGCUACCACUAAUGCACCCUGGAUAUCAGCCUCAGGUCCUUUUCCAGUUGACUCUUGCCUACAAUGUCCUUUAACAAAAACUGGUCCCAUUCAGACUCAGGGAUUCCAGUUACUUACAUUCCUUAGACUCCUUCAGUUUGGAACAUUGCUCAGUCUUUCCUUGAUUUUCAUGACCUUAAAUCUUCAGGGUAGAAUUCAUGUAGAGUGCCCUUGAAUUGAAUUUUCUGUUGCAUUAUUAUUAAAUCAUGUAAUUUUUGACAAGAGUAUUACAAGA